CUUACAGAAAUGUUAUGUCAGCCAAAGAAUUGGAAAGAAAUACUGAUAUAAAAUUAAAUGUCAGGCCCACCACUGGGAAGAAACCAUACAGAUGUGUUGUGUGUGGUAAAGAAUUUGGAAGAAAGACUUAUCUUAAAAUACAUCACAGGAUACAUACUGGGGAGAAACCAUACAGAUGUGCAGUGUGUAGUAAAGAAUUUCGAAGCAAUAGUCAUCUUAAAACUCACCUUAGAAUACACACUGGAAAGAAACAAUACAGUUGUGUAGUGUGUGGUAAAGAAUUUCAAACUAAUGGUCAUCUUAAAACUCAUCAUAGAACACACACUGGGGAGAAACCAUACAGUUGUCUAGUGUGUAGUAGAAAAUUUGCAAGAAAUGACGAACUAAAAAUUCACCAGAGGACACAUACUGGGGAGAGGCCAUACAGUUGUGUUGUGUGUGGUAAAAAAUUCAAAAGUAAUGGUGAACUUAAAGUACAUCACAGGAUACACACAGGAGAGAAACCAUAUGGCUGUGUAGUGUGUGGCAAAGAAUUUGGAAGAAACAGUUAUCUCAAAACUCAUGAAAGGAUACACACUGGGGAGAAACCGUACAGUUGUGUAGUGUGUAACAAAAAGUUUGGAAGAAAUAGUGACUUGAAAAAACAUGAGAAAAUACAUACUGGGGAGAAACCUUAUAAAUGUGUAGUUUGUGGUAAAGAAUUUCUACGUCGUUAUGACCUUAAAAUACAUAAGAACGUACACACUUGGAGGAAAAAUGUAAAUGUCUGAAAUCAAGCAUGGUGACAUUUUUGUUUUAUGACCAGGUUAAUGGUCUCUUGGUUAGCUCCUUUUUUUAACACCUUUUUUUUUCAUGAAAAACAGUACAUACAAGUAUAUCUUCUUUCUUCCAAAUAGUUUUACUAUUGCAGAUAGGUAGAUAAACAAAGUUCCGUAUAAAAGAGAACUUACUCGUUUAUAAGCAGAGGUGAAAUUUUGGUGAAGUCAGUUUGUCUUGUAAUUUGCUAUAAACUAAUGAAAAUACAUUUGUUUAUUUAUAUUUUCAGACAAAUAACCAAAGAGAAACAUUCUGGUAAUGGAGAUAAAGGUUUUCAGAUUUGUAGCAGGUAAAUUAAAAGAAUUAGUUUAAAAUACGUGAAAAAAAAUACACAUUAUUGUAGUGUGCUAAAAAAAGCAUUUGGAAUUAACAAUAUAAAAUAAUAAACACUGGGGAGAAAGUGUUAGAAACUUAACACCGUGUUGUAUCUUUGACUUGAAAACUAAAGAUACAGGUUGAUUAGAGACAUAAAAUCAACUGUAGAGGAGAUAAUUGUAAAUACAGGCUGUGUAAAUAUCAUUAAAAAACGAGUUAGUAUAUGUACAAUUUACAUGGUGCUUUACUCAGUAUCAAAGUCUUCAACAAGUAAUUUCUAAAAGUGUACUUGAUGUAGCAUUUUUACUUAGUUUUAAAGUUUAACUCACUUUGACAUCCUUAGCUUUACAUUAAUAAUAAUAAUUUGUUCUAAAAUUUUGAAAGACAAGAAUAGAGAGGUAAAAAUGGUGAAGGAAAAAAAAGUCAAGAAAAUAUUGAAUUCUUUUAAACAUCUAGCACUUGUAAAAUUUUUAAAAACAAAAUGGACUGAAGGCUAGAGCAAAUUUGAUUUACUAAUAUACGGUUUGAAAAUCAAACAUUGUCCAUAACUUUGAAUUUUUUUUUUGUUGUUGUUCAGUUUAUAGACCGAAAAUUGUUAUAAUAAAAAAAUUUAUUAUAUUUAUUUUAGUGUCUAAAAAAUUCUGUUAAACCAAUUUAAUUGAAACAGGUAAAAAACUGAAGAAAAAUAUUGUAUUUAUUUGUAAAUAUUUUGAUGCUGCAGUGAUUUUUGUUACACAUUAAUGAUUUCAACACUGUUAAGAGAAAGAGAGUGUAGAAAACUAAACUAUAAAGUUACUGUUUGUUUUCUAAUCUGAUAUGUGAUCCAAGAAAGUUCCAGAUGUGCAGAGAUAUUUAUCUCAAAUAAUAUCUUUACUGGCGGACAUAACUACAUCACCAUCAGGCCUGUACUCAGAGUGUUUGAAAGCAUGCUAAUGUUACAGGGGUUUAGGGGCAUGCCUUUCCUGAAAAUUUAAAACAAAUAGGUUCUAUGAGAUUAAAUCUGGAAGCGAUUCUGCAUGAAAUAUAGCUUAAGUAAUUGCAUGGCUGUUCACAUAAAAUCUAUAUAAGCACAAAAAUAGGGGGUUUGUUUCCCUCCCCCCUGCAUAGGUGCUUGCGUGAUCAUUUGUUCUAUAUCUAUUUUAUUUUCAGGUUUGUGUAUGUGUGCAUUUAAUUUACUUUUUUAAUGCUUUUUAAAACAAUAUUUCAGUUUAUUUUCUUAAUAAGUUAAUAUAUAUGAUAUUAAUUAAUGUAUUGUUUGAAUACACAUACAUGUUUUGAUUAGAUUUAAAAACCUAUGUGAAAAAUUAAUGUCAAAAGAAGUCUCUGUAUCAGAGCAAUGUGACAUUGUUUGGUUACACAUUGUCAAGAGUAAAUAACCAAAUGAUGCGUAGAAUUUCUGAUAGUAGAAAUAAACGAUGCAGAAAUGUUGUGUUUACCAAAGAAUUGGAAAAAAAAUUUGAUCUAAGAAUGACUGUGGGGACCAGAACUGUUAAAAAACCCAUAACAUGUGUUAUGUGUAUGUGGUAAAGAAUUUGGAAGAAAUAUUCAGUUUAAAAGACAUCAUUUUAACUUUUGUUUCCAUCCUUCCAUGUAUUGUGUUGUACAAGUGUAGCAAGUUUCCAUUGUUUAACCCGAUGACCACCGGCUACUAACAUUCUGAGUAGCCAGUGCAAGUCUUGCUAUAUUUCAUUCCACCAAUAAAACUAGUGGAUGAAACUAUUUGAAACUUCAUAAGAACUUUCAUAAAUGCAUGUAGUUUAACUUAAGAAACAUGAAGCCUGUUACUUUUAAUAAAUUUAGUUAUUUUGCAUUAUGAUAUUUAAUAUCUUGGAAAAUUACAUUAGGAAAUGGUAUUUAUAAG